AUGGCAACACUUCCACCGGAACUUUGGCAACAAAUCUUCUUAUUCCUUCCUUCGUUAGAAGACCUUGCUCAAACAUCGGCUGUUUGCAGUCUAUUUCGUAAUUUAAUUCUGAAGAAAUGGUUUUUAAAAGAAUAUUCAACAAGGCAACGCUUUCGUUUUAUGGACAAUUUACAAAUUUGGUUUAAAUUCACUGAACGAAACAAUCUUUAUAAAAAUUUUGUAUCUGCUGACCAAACGAUCCGAAGCAGAUCAGCUGAAACUUGUCCUGAAGUUCAAAAUGUAUUUUAUACCGACAAGGAUUUCUUCUAUCAUUUACCUUGUUUGAGGCAUAGCAACUCGAGGAUAUCGGUGCAUUAUGAAUUAGCAGCAAAUGAUUUUACUCAAUGGACUUUCUCAUUCUGGAUAAUUAUGUGCAGUUCUGAUCACUUGAAAAAGCUGGCUAUGGAGUUUUCUUUUGAAAAUGACACAACGUUACAACUCGAACUCGAUUUUCACACUGGCAGUGUAGUGAUUACGAAUACCAUCGAGAAAUUUAUCGAACAAGACUGUACUCAACUUGAAUUAGACAAAUGGAUUCAUUUUACGCUUGUCCUUGAAUGUAAAGUUAAUGAAAAUAUUCAAGUUUUUCUCAAUGGAAAUAGAGUUAUUGAUUAUCCAUGUAGAGAUUCUCCUUUGCUGCGCCACUCACUAAGAAGAUGGAAUUUGCGUAGUUGGUAUUAUUUUGGUUGUCUCGCUGAUUUCUGUCUAUGGACAAAAAAGUUAGCUAAUUAUGAGAUUCGUGCUAUCGCUGAACAGAAAACCAGUAUUGAUCUAGUUGACACAACAAAAAGUGUGUUUGGUCAUACAAUACAGUACUAG